AGCGCACACGCACACAGGGUUGAAGGAAAAGACAGCAACAUAAGAAAUCUACUUUUUCGCCCACGAGACGUAAUUUUUUUAAGCUUGACGAGCCGCUAACGAAACAAAAAAGUGUCGGCGUGGAUCCACUUUCACAUUGGUUGUUAGAAACAAACAGGGACGUGGGGGGAAAAAAAACUCUCAUCAGGACCACACGCCAGCCCAGACAGCGGAGAUCCACGCGUCCACAAUAGGGUUCGGCAGACGCGGACUGUGCGCGCCUGCGUGCGUGUGUUGGGAGUGUUCUUGAAACAAACACGAGCAUGUGUGCCGUCAAAUUACAUUCCCAUUGGCGGUUCUCGGCGUUAUCCGAAGCGGAACAAACUUAAAAGGAUUCUGAUUUGCAUCAUCAUCUUCAUCAUCAGUGAAUAUGUGACUUUUUGCAGCAGAGGCAGAACCGAGAGGUGUAAAGUGAACUGUGAAGUGGACGUCGAGAAGCGAACUAAUUCCAGAAGUAUUUUAAAGGGCCCUCUCCAUGGAUAUAGACACAGACUAUGAGCGGCCCAAUGUGGAAACCAUUAAAUGUGUGGUGGUAGGGGACAAUGCAGUGGGAAAGACCAGGCUUAUAUGUGCCCGGGCUUGCAAUGCCACCCUCACACAGUAUCAGCUGCUCGCCACCCACGUGCCAACCGUUUGGGCCAUCGACCAGUAUCGUGUAUGCCAGGAGGUGUUAGAAAGAUCUCGUGAUGUAGUGGAUGAGGUCAGCGUGUCCCUUAGGCUCUGGGAUACAUUCGGGGACCAUCACAAGGACAGACGAUUCGCCUAUGGCAGGUCAGAUGUCGUGGUGCUUUGCUUCUCUCUAGCUAAUCCCAAUUCCCUUCGCCAUGUCCGCACCAUGUGGUUUCCGGAGAUCAAGCACUUCUGUCCACGGACACCCAUCAUCCUGGUUGGCUGCCAGCUGGAUCUCCGCUAUGCUGACCUGGAUGCAGUUAAUCGUGCACGCCGACCUCUUGCCAAACCCAUAAAACCAACAGAUAUCCUUCCUCCUGAGAGAGGCCAUGAGGUGGCAAAGGAGCUUGGGAUACCCUACUAUGAAACCAGCAUAGUCGCCCAGUUUGGAGUUAAGGAUGUUUUUGACAAUGCGAUCCGAGCUGCUCUCAUCUCCCGUCGUCACCUACAGUUCUGGAAGUCCCACCUGAAAAAAGUCCAGAGGCCACUUCUCCAAGCACCCUUCCUGCCUCCCCGCCCACCACGCCCCAUAGUGGGAAUUCCUGACCCUCCUCCCACUGACGGCGAGGGCCCUGAUUCUCUCUUCUGUCACCCACUUUGUGCAGAUGUUGUUUUUCUGCUGCAGGGUGGCACCACUCGUGUUUUUGCACACAAAGUUUAUUUGGCUACUUCCUGCUCCAAGUUCUACGACCUCUUCACUCUUGAUCUGGGUGCAGCCUGCAUGGGAGCACAGGGGGAGCCAGACAAAAGCAAGGAAAGCUCUGACAGUGGAGAGGAGGAUGAGAUGAGUAGAAGAGGAGCCAAGGAGCAAGCUGGGCGCACCAAGAGCCUGGACAUUGAUAAAGACGGAGUCGAUGGCUGUGUACGGGGCCUGAAUCGACCCCCGCUGCUCCAGCACGGCUCGCUGCGGACUUCCCAGAGUGAUAAUGCACUCCCCUCUCGAGCCCAGUACUCUGCAGGAGCUCCUGGGAGUGGCCGGCCACUUUCGGGAUGGGGAAGAGGGUUCUUGAGUGUUUGUCUGGAACAUGUUGAUGACCCCAUGACUGGACGCCGUCGGCUAAUGACCGUGGUAGUCAUGGAUGCACUCAUACAGGAGGAACCAUUCAAGGCAGUGCUUCAGUACCUGUACACCGGCAGCCUGAAUGAGGGUCGAAGCGACCUAAUGCAGGUGGCCACCAUCGCAGAGCUACUUGAAGUGUUCGACCUGCGGAUGAUGGUGGCCAAUGUACUCAACAGAGAGAGUUUCAUGAACCAGGAGAUAACCAAGGCGUUCCAUGUCCGCAGAGCCAACCGCAUCAAGGAGUGUCUCAGCAAAGGCACCUUUGCUGAUGUGGUGUUCCGGUUAGAUGAUGGCUACCUCCCGGCGCACAAGCCCCUGCUCAUUUCCAGCUGUGACUGGAUGGCUGCCAUGUUCCGUGGAUCUUUCAUGGAAAGCUACAUUGAGGAGGUGUCCAUUCCCACCACGACUACAGCAUGUAUGCGAGGUGUGUUGGAGUUUCUGUACUGCGGCAUGCUGACACCUUGUCCUUAUCUGGAGUCCAUAGAACUAAUUGUGGUGGCCAACCGUCUUUGUUUACCACGCCUGGUUGCCCUCACUGAGCAGCAUGCAGUUGAUGAGCUCCUGCAGUUGGCAGUAAAAGGAGUGGACAUUGAUGGGCAGGUUUUGUCAUACUUGGAGCUGGCACAGUUCCACAAUGCCAAGCAGCUAUCAACCUGGUGUCUCCAUCACAUCUGCACUAAUUACAACAGCAUCUGCCGCAAGUUUCCCAAAGACAUGAAGGCCAUGUCUCCAGAGAACCAGAGACACUUUGAGAAGCAGCGCUGGCCACCCGUGUGGUUCCUCAAGGAGGAGGACCGCUACUUGCGCUCCCAGAAGGAGCGUGAGCACGAGGAGGAGAUCUUGCGCAAGCAGCACACCAAACGAGGCUGGUGUUUCUGGAGACACCCGUCGUCUUCACCACACGUCUCCUAGGCAUGUCAAACCCCCUUUUGUAAGCAAAAGAGGUUGGAAGCCUCUCUUUCUCUCUCAGUGCAAACCUGACUCAGUGUUACUCAGCCUGGAUGUCAGCAUGUGGCGAGGGAAUGUACUGUAUGUGCCUCUUAACAACUGUGGGAGUGCAGUUUUGCCUACGUAAUGGUGGUGAUUGAGCGAAGCGCUUCCCUGAGCCACCAGGGCCUGUGGGGCGCAGAAGCACACUUCCUUGGUCCCCACCACAAAAACUUUAAGGGCUUUCUAAUUCUCCCAGUCUCCAUCUUCCAUCUUGACCACUUGCAGCGCUGGUGUUUUGUUUUAAGUGGGGGUCACCUUUGCCUUCACUUGUACACAGACUGUUAGCUUGCACACACAGAGACCCAUGCCCAGGAUCUACCUAUCUACAACCAGCACUGGAUAUCCAGGAAUUGACUCAACAAUGUAACUGUAAUUAUUUUGAUAUAAAUUGCCCAUUUUGUAAAUCCCUUGCACCUUUUUACAUGACUUUCAGAAAGGGAGUGGAGCACCUUUUCCUAGGAUGUGUUCAUGAUUGUCUUUGCAUUCAGCCACCAAGAUUAGACUGUUAAGUUGAAGCACAUUUUGGGAUGCUGCAGUUAACAGGCUUAACCACACCUAUUGGCCUAUAUAGUCUGUCUGCAUCCUGCACCUUUGUCCAUUUCCACACGCAAGCUCACCUUCAUGACAAGGAUUCAACAAACUGCACUUGAGAGACAUUCAGGUGACCACUCAAUAGCAACGAUGGGAUUACGGAGCCUUACUUGAUACCUCUUCCUGGAGGAAAGAUGCAUACAGUAUUAAAUAAAAACCACCUGCAAUGUCCACAACCACUCGGCUGCAUGGAAGCGCCUCAGCAAGCCUGCCUUUACAUCACUGUACCACUAGGGGUAGCAGUGCUCAGGGCUCCUGCACUACACACUAACAUAUUGUAAUGCCGGCGACUGAUAUCUCUACCAUCUAUGGAGUAUUAGGGCCACACUGACGGUAAUACUACAAAAAUAUAGUCAGAAUUACAUCAAUAAGGUUGUGAGCGAAAAGGUUACAUGUGUGACAUUGUCCCAUUACAAUUAUGCUGAUAAACAUUUUUUCAUAAUAAAACACAUCUUUUUUUCAUGCAGUAUUACGACUUUAUUGUUGACCUUUAUUGUAACCUGUCACAAUAUUAUAACUUUUUCUAACAUCACAACUGUUGUCCUGUAAUCUUGCAAAGUUAUUCUUGCAGCAUUAUGACUACUCUUAAUAUUACAAGUUUUUCUAACAUUUUUGUGGCCCUAAUACUCCUUAAACAUGGAUUCCAAUGAGUGUUAACAGGAAGCAAAAGUUCAUGCAAUGUGUCAUUUAGUGCAUUUAUUAUUAACUAUGUUCACCUCACUUUGAAUACCAAAGCUGUGAUACUCUUUUUCUUCCACACUUUGCUUCAGUUCUGCUUCCCUGCAUGUGCAUCCUUGUUGAGAAGAUGGCAAAGUAGUGGUCAAGUUGUUUGGAGGACAAAGCAUGUGCUGGUGUUCGGAACCCACCUCAUGGCAGCACAUUCUGUCAGGGAAAGAAAAAAAAAGAAUCUCGUUUUGCCUUGCUUUCCUUUUGCUGGAAUUGAAAUUGGUGCUUAAUACACAAUAGGUUCAUCACAGUGCAGCAAGUUUCCAAGGAGGUCAUUCAGUUUGAACAUGUGCUAACAGUGAGGAAAAGGUCAUUGGCUUUUACAGGGUGUAGCGCCCUUUUACACACACACUGCUUGUGUUUUGCUGCUUUGGGGGAUUCUUUUGGAUUUGCAAUUAACCCCUCCCAUCACACAUGGCUUGAUAUAUUCACACAGGUGAGGGUGCUAAUUUCUUUGGGGCUUUCGGAAUCUUACAUGGAAAUGAGACUUUCUGUAAGCAUGCUGUUCUAUUUGGAGGUGUGUGUGUCCCUCAGCUUUAGCAAAACGGGGAUGGUUUGUCUGAGUCAUGUGGCGUGUGUCGCCUUUUCUUGACAGGAGCUGCGAUAACAUCCUGAAAUAGAAGUGGGAUCGACUCUCACGAGCCCCGAGUGUGAAUCAAGACAAUUUUUCACUGCCAAUAGUGAAUGUGGAGUAAAAGUACAACCUGGCUUUGGGAAUUCUUAAAGGUCACCCAAAGAGGUGGGAACAGAUUUGUAUGGACUUAACUACUAAUUUUUGUAUUAAUUGUUGCUUUGGCCCAAAUAGCCUCUUCUCUCAGUCCAUGUGCCUUAUAGUUGGACAAAUGUAGUCAAAAUCUGGCUUCCAGGCUCUUUCUGUCAAAGCAGAGACGUUUUAGGUUUAACGCUUGUAUUUUCCAAGCAGAUGGCUUUGAAUGAAACUCCAGUGUGUUGGUAUGACCACAUUGCCUCAGAUUAUUUCUCUGAGCGUGGACAAUUUGGAUGUCAAAAAGCUAGCUAUAUGGUUAGAGCACAUAGAGAGAUUGUAUAUACUGUAUUGAGCGGAAAUGAACACGGUUAAGUAGGAUGCAGCCACUUUUUAGGGAUGAAGUGCAUUUGCAUGGUGGUCUGACUCAAUUGUCUUUAGAAUGAGGAAUGCACUUUUUUUCAUUGCUUUUUUUCUUAUGACCUUUUUGUGCUUAUAUGAAUUGUUACAGAUGAUUGUAGCAAAUGUCUUCACUUCUUGAACUUAAUUGAACCCUGUCAGCAGUGCUCUGACCUUUUUAUAUACAGAUCACAGGUUAAACACUCUUAAUAUGCAGGGACAUUUAUACACACAAAAAACAAUCACUGGGCUUAUUUUAUACAAUAUUUGUGGAAUUUCUACACUGAUAAUACAGGGUGUAAGACUCUUUUACAUCAAAAGUGACUUGAUAUAAAUAUACACAAUUUUGUGAAUGUUGUAAAUGGUUGAAUGGCAAGUUCUAUUGGGUUUACCAUGCAUGUAAUCAAUGAUAUUGGGAAACUAUUAUGCAUGUGUCUGGGGCUAUUUUAGCUCCUUAUUUGUUUAGAAAGGGGCCCCAAUGUCACUUAAUAAUUCUUUUAAUUCCAAAAAAGAGUAAUAAUCCUGAAUUGUAAGUUUAAAAAAAAACAAAGUGUCAGCUGACCUCCCACUGAUGUCAUGUUUAGCGCGUUAUUAGGUGUAGCAGCCUAAUAAAAAUAAAGAAAAACAUAUGUUUGAAACUCUACUCAACUAACAUGUUGGAGUUCAAAGCAAAUUUCAAAUUCAUUUUCAUAGUCAGGGGCAAAAUAUGCGAUAGAAAAUCAUUUUUUUGAGGGGAAUAGUGGCGUCCCUAACCUUGUUAUAAUCUUUGUGGGGAAGCUCAUGGUGUCACACUUUGAAACCCUCUCAUCUGUGCUAUUACAUCCACUUUGUAAGGUCACAUUCUUACCCGUAUGCGGAGUCUGAGAGAGAAGACUUGCUUGUGCCUUCAGUGAACUCUUCACACUUGUAGCGCUGUACAGGCUGACCACACUGCAGCUCUACAAUAUGCUUCUAUUCAAGUUAAUUAAGCCAAAAAAUGUAACCACACACAAGAAUAACAUUAGGCAGCUUUGGAAAUGUUUUUUUGCAGUGAUAACACAUGUAACAAAGCUUUAGGGGGUUUACUAUGUUGUAUUAUCAAAUGCUCAAGUUACGCAACUAUUGAAUUGUGAGGCAACCCUGCACACCAGCAGUUUUAAAAUAAGGUUGGUGCACUUCUAUUAGGUGCCUGUACUUUCUUUUAUGUAGCCUAUAAUGAAACAUUUUGUGAUAAUUAUGCUGGAGUCUUUAUAUUUACCAGAAUUCAUCUUAUUACUACUGUCACUCUCUCUGUGGUCACCAAAUUCAGUAUUAUAAUACGCUUCCACUAUUCACACGAAUAGACUAAUUCUGUUGCAUCGAUGCAUAAUAAAAUAGCAACUGGUUGGAUAAAACAACUACAUAUGUGAUGCUUUAAUGAGAUAGUUGUCAUCCAGAGUUGAGUUCAGUAUUUUGGAUGGUGGGUGUUAGAGCUGCAACUUCCUGUAUUUGUCAUAUUGAGCUGUUGAACUGUCUGAAUAGUAUUGUUGUGCACUUUUUGUUUCCAUGUGACUUUUUAUUAUUAACCGUCACUGCUCAUGUGUAUUACCAUAAAGCAAAUAGCACACCCUCACCGACUAUUAAGGGCUUUCUAAAAAAAAAAAAAAAGUCAACAAUCAGAAUGUUUGCUGCUGUUUGCAAAAAUGUUUUGAAACAGUUUGUAAUACUUUUUGAACCCCUAUGAUUUGUACAAAAAACACCCAAAAAAGUUUUUGUUUCCUUUUUGCCAUUUCAGUAUUUGAUGUUUGACAUUUUAUUAAAAUGGAUAAUCUUUUG